AUGCCGAGCUUAUUCUCUUCCCCCUUCGCUUCUUCUCCUUCCAAAGCAGCAUCUCGCUGGAACCCGUUCAGCAGUCCCAGCAAGAGCGUGCUCCCCAAAGCACUUGCCCCGAGUCCCAAGGGCCGCUCAUGGCCCCUGAGUCUCCUUGGAGGCAAGCAAAGCCAGACAUGGCUGGACUCCGCCAAAGGACUUUUGGGUAAAGGGCUGGGCCCCCUGGCCCUUGUGCUCCCCGUCCUCGGCCUGGCCCUCUUGGCUUUCGCGCUGUUUCAGAAAUUCGUCCGCAAGCGACCCCUGAGUUCGUUGAUACCCAACUUGAAGGGCUUCGAUCCCAAGUCUUUACUCCCCAAGGACCUUCACCUGCCGAAACUCUCGCUUCCGAAGUCACUUCCCAAGCCCAACCUCUCCUUGCCCAAGCUUCCGUUCUCUUUGCCGAAGAAGCCCUCUCUUUCACUGCCUAGCAGCAAACUCCCCACAAGCCCGUUGAAGUCCCCACUGGCCAGUCUUCCCAAUGGCAAGCUCCUCAGCAGUCACCUUCCGAAAGGCCAUUUCCUCAGCCCGAAACUGCCCAAGUCCCUCCUCCCCGAGCUUCCUUCGUACCUGAAGUUCCUGUCGCCGACGGGCAUCCUCAAAAACCUGGUGUUCAAGGUGUUCAACCUCCACAAGGUGCCCGGCAUCAGAGACAUCGUGGCCUGGUUCAUGAAGCCCAAGGGCUUCGUCCCGAAGGGCACGCUGGCCACGCUCUCCAGCAUCCGGUCGAUCCGGCCCAACCUGCUGUCGAGGCUCAACCCUCUCAACCUCUUCAACAAGAAGGCCAAGGCGAGCCAGGAAGACGACGAGAAGUUCCAGGCGGGCGAGCCGUACGGCGACCCGGAAGUGGUUUCGUCCAACCUCGUCGAGGACCUGCGCACGGUCGGGUUCAGCGCCGCGACAAAGGACCUGAAGACGUUGAUCGAGGUGUUCAAGGCCAAGGGCAAGCCCCAGAACGACCGGGAGAUGAUGAUGGAAAAGAUGAUCGCGCUCACGGCGUCGCUGCCCCGUCACUCGAAGACGCGCGACAAGCUGUCGGGGGUCAUCAUCGACACGCUGUGGUCGAGCCUGCAGCACCCUCCGCUCACGUACAUGGGCGAGAAGUUCCAGUACCGCACGCCGGAUGGCAGUUUCAACAAUCCGAUGAACCCGGACCUGGGAAAGGCCGGGAGCCACUACGCACGCUCUGUGCCCAGGCUCAAAUCGCAGCACGGCGUGCCUCCGGACCCGGGCCUGCUCUUCGACCUGCUCAUGGCCAGAAGUGACGAGACUUUCAAGGAGAACCCGGCCGGCGUCAGCUCCAUGCUCUUCUAUCACGCAACCAUCAUCAUUCACGACAUCUUCCGCACGAACCGGUUCGACAACAACAUCUCAGACACGUCUUCGUACCUCGACCUCGCGCCGCUGUACGGCUCGAGCCUCGAAGACCAACUGAAGAUCCGCACCAUGGAAAAGGGGCUGCUGAAGCCGGACACGUUCCACGAGCGGCGGCUGAUCGGGCAGCCGCCCGGGGUCAACGUCAUCCUCGUGAUGUACAACAGGUUCCACAACUACGUCGCGGACGUGCUGCUGAAGAUCAACGAGGGCGGACGGUUCACGCUGGUGCCGUCCGACACGGAGGAGGGCAAGAAGGCAGCCGUCGCCAAGCAGGACAACGACCUCUUCCAGACGGCAAGACUCAUCGUCGGCGGGCUGUACGUCAACAUCAGCCUGCACGACUACCUGCGCGGGCUCACCAACUGCCACCACUCGGGGACGGACUGGACGCUGGACCCGCGCAUCGCGGCCAGCCGGCUGUUCGACCCGGACGGGAUCCCGCGCGGGGCGGGCAACCAGGUGUCGGCCGAGUUCAACCUGCUGUACCGGUUCCACUCGAUCAUCUCGAAGAAGGACGAGAUCUGGCUCAACGACUUCCUGUCGAGCCUGUUCCCGGGCAGCGCCAAGCCGCUCGACCAGCUCACGCCGCAGGAGUUCGUGCAGGGGCUCUUCGCCUUCGAGCAGACCAUCCCGGCGGACCCCAGCAAGCGCGAGUUCGGCAGCCUCAAGCGCGGGCCCGACGGCCGCUUCGCCGACGCCGACCUCGAGCGCGAGAUGACGGCGGCCAUGGAGGACCCGGCCGGGCUGUUCGGGGCGCGCAUGGUGCCCAAGUUCCUCAAGAUCGUCGAGGUGACGGGGAUCCUGACGGCGCGCAAGUGGCAGCUGGCCAGCCUCAACGAGCUGCGCGACUUCUUCAAGCUGAAGCGGCACGACACGUUCGAGGACGUCAACCCGGACCCGGCCGUGGCGGACCUGCUGCGCAAGCUGUACGACCACCCGGACAUGGUCGAGAUGUACCCGGGCAUGUUCCUCGAGGACGCGAAGCCGCGCAUGGACCCGGGCUGCGGCGGCUGCCCGCCCUACACCGUCGGCCGCGCCGUCUUCAGCGACGCCGUCACCCUCGUCCGCAGCGACCGCUUCUGCACCCUCGACUACACCGCCGGCAACCUCACCAACUGGGGCUUCAACGAGGUCAAGCCCGACUACGACGUCCUCGGCGGCUCCAAGUUCUUCCACCUCUUCCAGCGCGCCCUGCCCGGCUGGUACCCCUUCAACUCGCUGCACAUCAUGCAGCCCAUGUUCACCCGCGACAUGAACCAGCAGAUCGCCACCGAGCUCGGCACCAUCGCCGACUACACCACCGCCCGCCCCGCCCCGCCCAAGCGCCCCAUCCUGCUGACCCGCCACUCCACCAUCACCCGGCUGCUCGAGGACCAGGCCAACUUCCACAUCCCCUGGGUCGCCUACGAGGGCCUCUUCCCCGGCAAGAAGAGCUUCGCCGGCUUCAUGCUCGGCGGCGACGCCCCCGCCAACACCGCCCAAAAGAAGCUCGUCAAGGACAUCCUCUACACCCCCGCCGAGUUCGGCCGCCUCCUCGCCGACACGGCCAUCGCCCACGCCCGCAAGCUCGUCAAGCGCGAAGGCCUCGAGCUGCGCGCCAACCCCGCGGACCCCCUCACCCAGCUCGACAUCAUCCGCGACGUCGCCAUCCCGCUCAACACGCGCCUCAUCGCCGACCUCUGGUGCCAGGACCUGCAGACGGAGGAAAACCCGAAAGGCACUCUGACUGUCCCCCAGCUGUACGAGCACCUCGUCGCCGUGCGCACCUACGGCUUCAACAACAACGACCCCGCCCUCACGUGGCGCCGCCGCAACUGGGCCCGCGACGCGGCCGAGGUGCUCAUCCCCUCGACCAUCAAGGCCAUCAAGGAGGGCACGGCGGGCUUGGCGCCGGGACUGCUCAAGCGCGCGGGGAGUGGGGUUGCCAAGGGGUUGGCGAAGGUGCCGUUGUUGGGGAGGUUGGUGCCCGAGCAGAAGGAUGCGAGGGGCAGUUUGAGGUGGUAUGGGAAUAAUGUGGCGAGGGAGAUUAUGGCGGCGGGGAGGUCCCUGGAGGAUACGGCGGAUAUUUGCUGGUUGACGGCGCUGGCGGGCGUGGGCGCCCCCGUGUCGAUGUUCGCCGACGUCAUGUCCUUCUUCCUCGACCCCGACAACGUGCACCACUGGGAGGAGGUCCAGAACCUCGCCACCUCGGGCGCGGACCGCACCGCCACCGACAAGGCCCUGCGCGCAUACGUGCUCGAGGCCGAGCGCAUGGUCAGCAACCUGCGCGGCGCCCGCGUGUGCGUCGGCGCCACCGAGAUCGACGGCCAGAAGUUCAAUCCGGGCGAUGCCGUCGUGUGUCUUUUCGGCCCCGCGUGCCGCAAAGAAGGCGGCCUCGUCCCCGAGCCCGAGCAGUUCAAGCUCGACCGUCCCGCCAGCGCCUACAUCCACUGGGGCGUCGGUCCGCACGAGUGCUUGGGCAAGGAGGUCGCCGUGACCAUCGUCAUGUCUCUCGUCAAGGUCUGCGCCGAGCUGAAGUGCCUGCGGCCCGCCCCCGGCGACAUGGGCGUACUGAAGAGCAUCAUGGUCGGCACCGAGCGCUGCUACCUGAACGACAGCUGGUCGUGGCUGACGUUCGAUCCGACGACCUGGAAACUCCACCACGAAGGCUACGGCAAGGGCGUCUACCGCGAGUCCGCCGCCGCCGCCGCCAAGGGCCACGACCUCAAAGCCCUGUACAGCAGCCUCGUCAACCAGAACAAGAAGGGACCCAAGGGCGUCACGCCCGACGGCACCCUGGCCCUGGCCAACGGCGCCGUCAACGGCUACAAGGAGGCCGAGCAGCCCGUCGCCGCGAAGAAGCCUCCCGCCCCCUCCAAGCCCGAGCCCGCCCCGGCCACCAACGGCGCGACCGCCCCCCAGUCGGACGGCUGGUCGUUCGACGGCGUGCCCGACGGCGGCGCCGUCAAGUCCCCCACCGACGUCGUCGACGGAAAAGACAAGACCGGCGGCGAGGAAGCCACAGCACCGCCGGAGGAAGAAGCAUCGAAGCCUGAGGAGGAGGAGGACGAAGAAGAAAAGGAACCCGACGCCCUGCACACGGGCAAGCUCCUCAAAAAGGCCGACGACCGCUCCGGGCCCGGCCUCGGCUCCUACACCGAGCACGUCACCUUCGAGAAGCCGUACAACACGCCGCCCCAGAUCUUCCUUGGCUUCGCGACGCUCGACAUGGACGCCGGCACCGGCGACUCCGCCCCGGGCUUCUGGCAAGAGGCGCGCGGCGUCACCCGCGACGGCUUCGACCUCGCCGUCACCGUGCCCGCCGACUCCGGCGCCUGCAAACUGUGGCAGCUCGAGUCCGUCUGGGUCGAGGUCCCGUCCGACGCCCGCCACCGCGACGUCCUCGUCGGCGUGUGGGACUCAUCCAAGGUGCCGGGCAAGCCCGUCGGCGGCGACGGCACCGCCGUCGACUCGCCCUUCUUCCCGUACAAGAACUUUGCCGCUGGAAAUGGCGACCCCAUCAAGCCCGGCCGCCGCUCCAUCAUCCCGUGGAUCUCGGGCUUCCAGCUCGACCCCGCCGCCGCCCCGGACGAGCCCUUCGGCAUCAAGGUCGACGCCCGCACCACCACCGCCGGCGACGACCCGGGCGCCACCGUCUCGUUCCGCACCCCGAGCGCGCUGGUGCCGCGGCUGCCCAAGUCGGUCCGCGUCAACUUUCUCGUUUUCCUGCGCAGCAAUGGCGAUGAUGCAGUCGGCCUCAGCCCCGCCAGCGCCCGCGCAGAGUUCCCCAACCCGGACGCCGACUCGGUCACGGUGCUGUCGACGGCGGGCGCGCCCGUCACGCCCGUCGCCGGCGUCGACAUGUUCCAGUACGUCGAGGAGUCGUCGUCUAUUUGCUUGCGCGUCGUCGAUCGCCAGAAGGAGCCCGAGGAGGCGAAGUAUUCGCUCGAGAGCUGGGGCGACCCGCUGGUGCACGAUUUGUCGGCGGGGAUCGUCAAGAUUCCGAAGAGGGAGGGGGGAGAUCAGCCCGUCUGA